ACUUGCCCCUGCAUUCAGCCAGGCCCAGCCCAAUCGCUGCCUCCCUGGGGCUGACCUGGGCUUCUUACUAACUCAGACAGAGCAGCCAUCCGUUGACUCACCGAGCGACUAGGAGCACUGUCCUCCCAGUCCAUUCUCUGCUCUCACUGAGCCUGACUGUGCCUGAAUUCAUGAUAAGCUGGACUCCAGGGUCAGGUGAUGGUGACACACUCUCCCCAGAACCUGCCCAGUGACACGCAAAGGACAGAGGCCCUACCUGGGGCUCUUCCAGGGCAUGACCUGUACCCACAUCCUGCCGAGGCCAGGCUCCUCUCGCCUCUGAUGACUCAGCCCAGGAGUUUUGCUCUGUUGGUAAUUCCCCUGCUUGGGGCCCGAGGCGAAAUGGGGCCUCCAGCCUUGAUUGGCAAGCGCACGAAACCCAGCCAGGGGCCCUGGCUCCCCAACCAGCCCUGAGACUCACGGCUCAGUAACUCUGAGCAGUCGCCUUGCCCAGUCACCUGCUCCAAAGCCAGUGGACGCACCCCAAUCUCAGUGCUCCCAGCAUGAGCCCUUCUGCCUUGAUCUCACCCUGUCCUCCGUGACUCUAUGGCUGUGUGUGGCCUUGUCUCCCUCCCUGCUGGCUUCCAAACAUCCUCAGGAUCCACAGAAAGAUACAUCUUAAUGAGCUGCAUCGCUACACAGAGCUGGGCUCUGGGACCGAGCCAGAGCUGGGAAAUCUUUGUUGAAGGCAACUCAGUUUGUCUGUUUCCUCAUCUGCAAAAUGGGAACAGCACACCCACUGCUUCCAUCAAUGGUGGCAGGAGGAUGGAAAUGAGGAGAGGCUCAGCAUGCCUUCGUGAACAUUUGCCCUGCACAGUUGUCAGAAAUUGUCAUCAUCACCGUCUCCCUCCACGUCCAUCAGCCUCAAUAUCCCGGCCAUCACUGCUGCUGCUAUUAUUAUGCAGAGACAGGUCCUCGUUUAGGACAGUGCAGUGGGCUUUUUCCCAGUGCUUUAUUAUCCUGCUAAAAACAUUCUAACAAUGGCAGGUAAUCAGAGGCCACGGAUGCACUAAGCAUGAGGGUGGCCGCGACCCAAGGAUCCUGGGAGGUGGAAGCCCAGGGCCUCAUCAAGACAACAGGGCUGGAGACAACCGAGGUGAGCCUGGCCCCAGGCUGCCUCCACCUGCCUGGCUCUCUCUCCUUCUCAGGACCAGGCACUAAUGCAGAGGACACUGAACCCAGCAGCUGUUAGGGCUAAGGAGGGGCCUUGGCUCUGGGAUCUGUUGGACACUGAGUCUCUCCACAGCUACAGAAGCAGUGAGGACAUCCCCAGUCUGGUCCUGGUCCCACUUCUCCAUUUUGCAAAUAAGGAAACUGAGGCACAGAGCGGGGAUGGGGCUUGUUCAAAGUCACAGGGCCAGUCGGUGUGGAGGUCGGAGAGCUAGAGAAAGGAUGAAAAGGCAGGAAGAGGCCAGGCCUUCAGAGGACAGGGUGUCAUCAGGAGCUGGGCAGACAGUGGCGGUCUGAACCUCUGCUCCACUCGCUGCCCCACUGCAGGUGACCCUGUGCAGUUACGUCCCCUCUCACAGCCUCCAUGUCUUCAUCUGUAAAAGGCACCCCCAUCUACGGUCGAUGGAUGCGGAUAAAUGAGGGCAUGUGCCCCAAUGUGGGUCAGUAGAAGACCAGGAGCAGGGGAUGGGAGAAGGAAGGCGGGAGGGAGUGACGGCGGCGAGGAUGAGGAAGGCAGCCAGGCCUGCAGCCAGCCCUGAGAGGUUGAAGCAGAGGAGUGAGCAGGUUCCCCUCCUCCCACUACCCUUGCUCCUCUCUACCAGACCCUGGCCUUGCGGGGGUACCCACAGAAUCUGUAGGCUGUGGCCCGACCAGAAAGAGUGUGGGUGCUUCUCAGGGUCAUAAUUACCCCAUGCCCCACAGGCUGUGAGUCACUAGUAGCAGAGUCCCCCCCAGACCCCCCUAGAAGAGUGUAGUGAAAGGCCAGGGCCACUAGGGUGUCGAGAGCGCCAGGCCUGACCUACUGGGGGUGGGGUCAGUAGGGGCCACAUACCCUGUUUUCACGACAACCUCAGGCCAACUCAGAUUUGUGGAGUGGCCAUCCCACCUCCUUCCAGCUCUUCCACUCUCACAAGAGCCUGAUGGGGUGGGAAAACUGAGGCCAUAGAGGCAAAAGCAUGAUAAAAUGAAUAGUUAGCACGUGUGGAACACCCUCUGUGCUUUACACUCCACUAAACUCCUCACACAAUUCGCUUACUCAGGCCUCACUGGCCAUCGAGCACAGGCUCUUUUCAUGCCACCUUGCAGAUGGGGGGACUAAGGCACAGAGAAGGUCAACCCGUCCCAUGUCACACGGCCAAGGAGUGCCAGAGCCUGGAUGUGAACCUGUGUCUGACUGCAGCCCUGGUUCUGACACCCUUCCUCGUGCAUCCUAUAGUAACACUGUAGAAGUUACUAUAGCAUCUGCUCCCACCCCUAGGACAAGAUCCCCUAAUGAGGGGCCGGCAGGUGGGCGUGGGGGCCACAGGCACAGCUUGGUUUCUCAGCUUUGCUCCCCUAUCCUCUGCUUCCCCAUGAAUCUCUCAUCCAGCCCUGCAGGGAUCUGCCUGGCCAGCGGUGAGCCUGAGCCCCUUUCAUCCGGGGACCUGCCGACCUGCCGUCCGUGGCUCACAUCCUCCUGGGUGAAGAAUGUCACCUUGCUUCCUAUCUGCCUCUCUCGUGGUUGGCUGGGGAGGGGGACGAGGGGGUGGGGUGAGGUUAACCUCAUUGUUGUCUUAUAUGGUCAUUUAAAUCUCCCAGGGCUUCCUCCAAGGGCCAAAAAUAAUCCGGAGACACAGCAGCUGUGUCCAGCACACAGAGAGGACCCAGCCAUCUGCUUUGGUUCAGAGCCCUGUGUCUGUCUGUCAGUCAGUCCCUCCCCGGCUCUCCCUCCAUCCUCGUUCCUGCCUGAAGCCAUGACCCGCUUCUCCUAUGCAGAGUACUUUUCCCUCUUUCACUCCUGCUCUGCACCCUCCAGGUCCACUGCACCUCCUGAGAGCUCGCCGGCCCGGGCCCCGAUGGGCUUGUUCCAAGGGGUCAUGCAGAAAUACAGCAGCAGCUUGUUCCAGACCUCCCAGCUGGCGCCUGUGGAUCCCUUGAUAAAGGCCAUCAAGAAUGGCGAUGAAGAGGCCUUGAAGACCAUGAUCAAGGAAGGGAAGAAUCUCGCAGAGCCCAACAAGGAGGGCUGGCUACCGCUGCACGAGGCCGCGUACUAUGGCCAGCUAGGCUGCCUGAAGGUCCUGCAGCGAGCGUACCCAGGGACCAUCGACCAGCGCACCCUGCAGGAGGAAACAGCCGUUUACUUGGCAACGUGCAGGGGCCACCUGGACUGUCUCCUGUCACUUCUCCAGGCAGGAGCAGAGCCGGACAUCUCUAACAAAUCCCGAGAGACACCGCUCUACAAAGCCUGUGAGCGCAAGAACGCGGAGGCAGUGAAGAUUCUGGUGCAGCACAACGCAGACACCAACCACCGCUGCAACCGCGGCUGGACCGCUCUGCAUGAGUCUGUGUCUCGCAAUGACCUAGAGGUCAUGGAGAUCCUGGUGAACGGAGGAGCCAAGGUGGAAUCCAAGAAUGCCUACGGCAUCACCCCCUUGUUCGUGGCUGCCCAGAGUGGGCAGCUGGAGGCCCUAAGGUUCUUAGCCAAGUACGGUGCUGACAUCAACACACAGGCCAGCGACAGCGCGUCUGCCCUCUACGAGGCCUGCAAGAACGAGCAUGAGGAGGUGGUGGAGUUUCUGCUGUUACAGGGUGCCGACGCCAACAAGACCAACAAGGACGGCUUGCUCCCACUGCACAUCGCCUCCAAGAAGGGCAACUACAGGAUCGUGCAGAUGCUGCUGCCGGUGACCAGUCGCACGCGCGUACGCCGUAGCGGCGUCAGUCCGCUGCACCUGGCGGCCGAGCGCAACAACGACGCGGUGCUGGAGGCGCUGCUGAGCGCCCGCUUCGACGUGAACGCGCCGCUGGCGCCCGAGCGCGCGCGCCUCUACGAGGACCGGCGCAGCUCCGCGCUGUACUUCGCCGUGGUCAACAACAACGUGUACGCCACCGAGCUGCUGCUGGAACACGGCGCCGACCCCAACCGUGACGUCAUCAGCCCCCUGCUCGUGGCCAUCCGCCACGGCUGCCUGCGCACCAUGCAGCUGCUGCUAGACCACGGCGCGAACAUCGACGCCUAUAUCGCCACGCAUCCCACCGCCUUCCCCGCCACCAUCAUGUUCGCCAUGAAGUGCCUGUCGCUGCUCAAGUUCCUCAUGGACCUGGGCUGCGACGGCGAGCCCUGCUUCUCAUGCCUCUACGGCAAUGGCCCGCACCCGCCGGCGCCGCAGCCCUCCAGCAGGUUCAACGAUGCGCCCGUGUCCGACAAGGAGCCCAGCGUGGUGCAGUUCUGUGAGUUCGUAUCUGCCCCGGAGGUGAGCCGCUGGGCAGGGCCCAUCAUUGAUGUCCUCCUGGACUAUGUGGGCAAUGUGCAGCUCUGCUCGCGGCUGAAGGAGCACAUCGACAGCUUUGAGGACUGGGCCGUCAUCAAGGAGAAGGCAGAACCUCCAAGACCUCUGGCUCACCUUUGCCGGCUGCGGGUUCGAAAGGCCAUUGGGAAAUACCGUAUAAAACUCCUAGACACCUUGCCGCUCCCAGGCAGGCUGAUUAGAUACCUGAAAUACGAGAACACCCAGUAACUGGGGCCACGGGGAGAGAGGAGUAGCCCCUCAGACUCUUCUUACUAAGUUUCAGGACGUUUCAGGACGUCGGUGUCCCCAACUCCAAGGGGGACCUGGUGACAGAGGGCUGCCUCCCUCUCAUCCUGGACAGCUACCAGGAUCUCACUGGGUCUCAGAGCCAGAGCUUUGGCCAGAGCAGAGAACAGAAUGUGUCAAGGAGAAGAAUCAUUUGUUUACAAACUGACGAGCAGAUCCCAGACCUCCUCUGCCUUCGGGAAUGGCAGAAACCUCCAUUCCUGGGGCCAGGGCAGAGCUUGAGGUGUUCUGGGGAAGGCGGGCUCAGAGCCUUCCCUGCGCCCCUGCACUCGCUCUGGAAAACUCACCACUUGACUUCAGAGCUUUCUCCCCAAAGACUAAGAUGAAGACGUGGCCCAAGGUAGGGGGUAGGGGGAGCCUGGGUCUUGGAAGGCUUUGUUAAGUAUUAAUACAAUAAAUGUUACACACGUGACACCU